AUGGCUAGUGUUCCUUCGGCAGUCGUAUUCAAAGGCUUUCCUUCCUCCGGCCACUCGCAGACGCUAUCGUCUUUGACCUGCACCUCGAAAUCGUUCUGGGUCCUUGGGAUUCCUCUCCUGUUUAAGCAUAUAGUUAUAUCCAGAUACUCUCAGAUUCGGGCAUUCUCAUCACAUCUCCGCCAAAUCGAAGACGAGCUACAUUGCUCGCCCCUGGUACGCACUUUGACAAUCGAGCUUGAUCAGAAGUGGCCGGCCUCCUUCGACAUCGGGAGGUACAUGGGGGAGGUGCUUCGUCGUUCCACCAACAUCGAAUCGUUAACGCUUCGGGGCGAAGCAGCAAGUGUUUUGUCCUAUGCGUCGCAAAGCCUCCUCUCCUUUAAGAAGAUCCCCUUGUACAUAUCCCUUCAAAACCCCGCGCGUGUCGACAUCGACAUUAUCGACGGCGAUGACGUUCGUAGCCUCCAACACCUCCGAUGCAUCAAGACAUUGUCACUUCGAGCCAAGCACGGCGCAUCGUCUCCCCCGGUGGCCACCGAAUCCAUCCCCGUCGACCUAUCCCGGGCCAUCCUUCAAUCGGAAUGCACGCUACAGACACUUACCCUGGACAUGCCCUGGCUCCCAGCACAUCUACGCCCCGACACUUCAUCGCGCGACGUUUUCCAGGCGCAGAAUGUGCACACUGUGGUACUCCAUGGGGCCGAGAUGAACUACACUUCCCUCUAUCGACUUCUCUACGCAUUUCCGAAUUUAGAGAGGCUCUCCAUAAAAGGAUCAAAAUUGGCGAGCACUGCCUUUGAAAACCUGUAUCGUGUAUGUCAGAGACCCCUUCGUAUUGUUCCUUACGGUCUGCGCGCGGUCUCCCUCGAUGUCCGUGUCCUCGUCGGAGCUGGUGUGCUGCCGGGUUUGCGAUACGUUGAUUUAACAGUAGGAACACCGAUAUCUUCGACGACGCCUCCCCACCCCAUUGUCUAUGCACUGAGGCUCACCCCAGUCAAAGGGAUCGCCCUAACGCUAUCUCAACUGGACUCAUUUACUUGGUUGAGUGAAUUUAUCUCGGGCCUAGACUACUUGGAGUUCGUCGAUGUUAGGGUCAUUUUGGGGGGUUCUUUGACCUGGAAGAGGGCGAUGCAGUCGCUUCUUCCCCGUAUAGACCAGGUUCCCAGAUCUAUACGGUAUCUCUCGAUUUCCAUCCAGCCGGCCAACAAGGCACAAGUGGAUGACGAAUCGCUUGCUCUCCAAGUUGUUCGCCAAUGGCUAAUGUUAACAGCUGGUACCAUCAAGGUCGUCGAGAUAUAUACCAACAUUCCGAAUGGUCAGCGAUCCUGGUGGACGGUUGAUACGCGUGAAGAAUGUGACCUUGAGGGUCCGGGCCCAGUCCGCUGGAAGACUCGGACAAUCGUGGAGCGGGUGCGACGCGAGGAGGCUUUGGCCCUUAAGCAGAAGUAUACCGAACAGUUCUUCUGCCUCGAAAAUCCUUCCGACGAGAGAUCGUCAAACUCAACCGAUGCACCCGACACCCACCUUACACGGGCCACGAAUACUCGCCCAAGUGUUUAG